UGGCCAAUUAAAGUUGUCCUAACCGAACCUAACCUUCUACACUUUUCUUUUACCAACUCAUUUCUAUCAUGCUACCAACAUUAUUGCAUAUUUUUGUACAAAGAGGUUAAAGAAGUUGAGGUUGAGAGUGUAAAUGUUAGAUUAGAAGGUAGAAUUUUGUUGCUUUGUAAAGAACUUAUUUGCUGUCAAGCGCGAUUUCAAACUUAAUGAAAUUACUUGAGAUUCUCCUUGAACGCACGACAUACAUUGUGAAAAAUGAGCGUGACGCUGCACACGGACGUUGGUGACAUCAAAAUAGAACUGUUUUGCGAGAUGUGCCCGAAAACGUGCGAGAAUUUUCUUGCGCUCUGUGCCAGUGGAUACUAUGACAAUUGCCUGUUCCAUCGAAACAUAAAAGGCUUUAUCGUUCAAACUGGAGACCCCACCAACACAGGUAAAGGUGGGACCUCCAUAUGGAAUCGUAAAUUUGAAGAUGAAUUUAAGGAAGAGCUUAAACAUAAUGCCAGAGGUCUUGUCUCCAUGGCUAACAAUGGUCCUAAUACAAAUGGUAGUCAGUUCUUCAUAACUUAUGCGCCUCAAUCGCACCUAGACUUAAAAUAUACUUUGUUUGGGAAAGUCAUUGAUGGUUUGGAAACGUUGGAACAGUUGGAAAAGUUGCCAGUGAAUCCAAAGAAUUAUAAACCACUUGCGGAAAUCAGGAUAAAUAACAUUACUAUACAUGCUAACCCAUUAGCAGGAUAAGGCUAAGUGUAGAGAUAGUGUGCUCAUGUGAAGAAAAUGUUAUAAAAAAUUUUAGAAGAAUAAAUAACAAACAGAUCAAUCAUUGCAUGAAAAAAGACUGAGAAAAAUUCAGAAAGUAUAGAACUCAAGAGAAAUAAUUGACAUGUAAUAAAAGUAGUUCAACAAUUCCAUAGAAAUUUGAAGAAUUUAAAAGCAAACAGAUCAACUGUUGCACGAAAAAAGAGAUAGAAACCUAGUAUAUAUUGUCUGGAUUGAAGACAUCUAAAAUCAUAUGAUCUAAUGUGGACUGGCAAAAGAAGAUAGUGACAGAAUGUUUCUUACUAUUCAUCAGAUUAAUAACACAAAUGGUUUAUAGUCAGAAGAAAUAAUAUCGAUAUUUUUUAUCGACUAUUUUUAUAUUGUGUAUACACCUAGUAAUCUCUUAUUCUGCGGAUCGAAUGGGCUUUGAAGAUACAUCUUCGCAGGAUACCUUUUCCUCCUUGCUUCAAUCUCGUCUGUGAUCGGGAGUGAAACUUUCUGGGCCGCACACCGUCGUUCUUAUUCCGGUGGUCGCCAAAGCGGGUAUCAGACGAUUCAUCGCCUCUACGUGGGUAUUGAACACGUCCCAAUUCAGCUCGUACAAGCUAAAGGAGAAGUCUUCUGGCGGCUUAACAACACAAUAUCGUUUAAGUUAAUCAAGAGGACAUAGACUUUAAAUUGUUUUGCAUGUUUCUUCUAUGACAGGAAUUAAGAUUCAUCUUACGUGUGACGUAUACACAACUUACGAAUUUCAAUACGAUAGGAUUCGGCUCGUAUCCUCCGAUACUUAUAUUUCCACCCUGCACCCGAAAGUAGAUAUUAAAAUCAGGAUCUCGAAUGUUUGGCAAUCCUCGUACAUUCAUCGGUUCGGUAACAAUGUAUGCGUGUUUCAUCGGUAUCAAUGGGAUGUCCAUCCCUACCAUUCGUGCUAUCGUUCCGGACCACGCUCCCGCCGCAUUUAAUAUGACAUUAGUUUUUAUAAUACCAUAAGGCGUCUCCACUCCGCGAAUGGUUUUAU